AUGAGAAGCUAAAAUUAAGCAGCCACAAUGGAAGGAUUAAUCUAGGAAUUCUAUAAUGUAUUGAAUAGCUAAAGAGUUUCUUUCAAGAAAAAGCCAAUUGCUAAGUUUAUCCUUGGAGAAAUUAUUAUAUAAGAACUUUUGUAAAACGGCAUUACCAAGCAAGACUAAAAUUUUGUCAAAGUAAUGGAAAACUACCAGAUGUUUAAAUUUGGAAACUUAGAUUAUCUUUACUAUGAAGAUACUCAUUAGCCAAAAAGCUACUAAUUUUCAUCAUAAGUACUAACUCAUGAGUUUUUAUCAAAUUUCAUAAUAUAGGAAAUCUACGAAUGCUUUAAUAAAACUUUAGACGACAUGAUUAAUGGACCUUUUAAAGUUAAAAUUCUUACUGGUAUCAAUUCAACACAUAUUUCUUUUGGAGCAACAUAAGUCGGCUAGAAAGGUGAGAAGUUUGUAGUAGCGGCUCUUACUAGCAAAUCUUCAGCUACAUUUGAUGCAUUCAUAAAUUGCAUAUCAUCAUCUGAUUCUGGAAUUCUAAUUGUUGGAAAGGUAUAUGACAUGAGCAAAAAACCAGCAUUUAUCUCAGUUAAUAGAGAGUAGCAGAACUAACUUGUAAUUGGACCUAAUAGAAUAAUGUACUCUUAAGAGACAAGUGAAUUUAGAGCUUAUUUACCUCAGAAUUAUAUGGGAAGGUAGCUUAGUUAAAUCUUGCAGAGUUUUGAUUAACAUAAUGUCAUUGAGAUAUUUUUAACAGACAUCUAAAAUGCCUAGAUAUAGAAUGGAGAAGGGGCUGAUAUUAGCUAAAACUUCAAUUAGUUUAAUACUUUUGAUAUAGGCUUUUAGGAUAUCAUGCCUGAUUACGAAUAAUUAGAGAAGAGACAAGGAGGUCUAUCGAUGCUUCUCUAAUCAGCUAAUUUGCUAGGAGAAAAUGACAGCAAUUCAUAGAAAUAAAAUACCAGGUCAACUACUUAAACUGCAGGUGUACCCUAGAUAAGAACAACCAGAGCUUAAUAGAUCAGACAAUAAGCAGCGCUAAUGAAACAAUAAACUCAGCCUCAAAUUCAGUAGCAGUAGAGUAAUAACAAUAUGCAAAUGAAUCCGAAUUUCAAUCGAAACAACUUUUAAAAUCAAAAUAAUAGACAAACCCCUCAGAUGAACAGAUCUCAGUCAUUUACUAUAGGUUUCAACAAGUAAAAUAAUACUUCAGUCUAAACUCCAACAUUCAACAACAACAAUAAUAAUAACUUUAGAAACGGCAGCAACUUCAAUAAUGAGAACCAGAAUCCAAAUAACCUAACAUUCAACAAUCAAAGUAAAAAUACGUUUUAAAGCAAUACCAAUAAUACAGUUGGAUUUAAGCCACCUAAUAACUUCAAUAAUAGCCAGAAUUAGGUUCAACCAUUCAAGAUUAAUUUUAAUUUGUCAAGCAAUAACAAUGGCUAUAACAGUGGGAAUAACUAAUUUAGUCAAUCGAAUAGCUCGGCAUUUCAAAAAAACCCUAAUUUCUAGUUUAACAGUUAACAAACAUAGAGCUUUAAUUAGGUUCAAUUUAAACCUUAAAGCAACUUCAAUAGCAAUUACUAGAAUAAUUAGAACCAAGGAUUUAAACCUGUAUUCAAUUUUAACAAUCAGAGUAAUACCAAUUUCCAGAAUCAGCAGCAGCCUUAAUAAUGGUCAAACUUUAACAAUCAAAAUAGGUUCAAUAAUAACUUCUCAAACAACAAUGGUUAUUAAAAUAACUAAAAUUAUAAUCAAAAUAGCACUAGCAAUGGAAAUCAAAACAGUUAUUCCUAUCAAAGCAAUUUCAAUAAUUUCAACAAUUAAUGGCAACAGUAGUAGCAAUUAUAAUAACAACAGUAAUAAUAAGCACCACCUAAGGAGCAUCUUGUUUUCAGCUAGCUAUCCCCAAUUGAUUAAGAAACUCUCAAAGGCUACUUGAAGAAUUUAAGCUAAGAUCUUAAUCCUGACUAGAUACAAAAGGUUACCGCUUUAAUGCUGACUGAUCCAGUCUAAUUCUUCAAUUAUUACAAAGCUGCUGUUGACUAGUUUGAAAAAUCUAAGAAUACUAUAUAAAGCUCUAAAAAUCGAGAUCUUAAGCAAACUAAUUUUAACAUCACUUAAAAUAAUGAUUAGAAACCCAAUCAGAACAUAACUAAACUUAAAGAUUAUGAUGAUCUCUCCCUCUUUUUAUAUACCUUGACUGAUAAGUUAUAGAAGAAUGAUGACUUGAAAUAUCAAUUAAUCAUUAAACAACUAAGGGACUGUCAAAUUACUCCGACUUAAGCUUUAAAGAAAUUAGUUAUUAGAAAUCGAUAACCUAUAAAUGAGAGCUUCAAAAAGCUAUAUUUGAAUUAGCAACAUACUGACUUAGUCUUAUCUCUGAGAGGAGAGGAAUUCUUAUGUCAUUAAAUAGUCUUCACUUCAAAUUCUGAAUUCUUCAAAAAGGCAAUAAGGGAAAGUGAGACCUAUAAUAAAAUAUAGUUUGGCCCAGAUGUAAUGAUAGCCUCUAAGUUACUAAUACCUGAUUGGAUUGAUAUGAGCGCUUUUAAGCUAUUCGUUUUGUAUAUGUAUACAGGCAAAGUUGGAGUUGAUGGCAACUUCCAGCAAUUAAGCGAUAAGGAUUUCAUUGAAUUACUGCGCAUUGGCAACUUCUUUUACAAUGAGUACUUAUAAGAAUUUCUGAUUGCCCAUGUAAUAAUUCCAUAAAUGAGUCCAGCAUCAGCUGUGAUAUUCAUUAAGGAGUGCACUGUUGGAAGUAAACACCAUAAGAAUAGUUGCCUUAAUGCUUGGGCUUUCUUAAAAGCAUAUUCUUAAUAUUACUUAGAGAAGCACUUGCAUUCACUUAUAAGAACCAAUCCAUCUUUAAUGUAUGAGCUGGAUAUUAAUCUAAUGCGAGAAAUUAUUGACUAAAGUCUCUUAUACAUCGUAGAUGGCAGCAAAGACCUAGAAAGUAUACUUUAAUUUACAGCUGAUACUUGGGCUGAAAAGAGCAUUUCAACUUUAUUUAGGAGAUCUUAGGAGAGCAUGGACUCAUGUUCUGCCUUUGACUACUAAAUUGUACCUUUAAUGAGUGAUUUCUUAAGAACUAUUGAUGUCUUAAUGGAUUACAAAUGCUAAUUGAUAAAGAGUUAAGAUGUAAUAACAAGUGCGAUCAUUAAUAAAUCUUCUACUUCAAUAUCAGCUGAAACUGAAAACAAAAAGACUGAUUUAGAUUCGACUUUUGUGUAAGGCAUUACAGCUGAUAAUCAAGGCAAUGAACUCAGACCUGAUUUGAGCUCUUGGAAACCUUCUGCUAAUAUUUUGAAAGAUAACAUAACAAGCAAAGACUUAUUUGAAUCAAGAGAGCCUCAAAUUCAUUAGCAAAUAAAUUUAGAUCAAAUUAAAGUUGAUUUUGAAAAGAACAAGGGAUCUACGAUCAUUACCAAAGCCUUUGACUUUGGUAGAAGGAGCUGGCAUUUAAAGAUUGAUAUAGAUUAUGAUAAAAAUGUAAGUCUCUGGAUAGUUGAGCGAGGGCCUAUACUUGACUGUUCACCAGAUGGAGUACCUUAAGUAGGUAUUAGUAUACCAAUUAAAUUCUCAAGUAUGCUCAUCUAAUUUGAAAUUCUCGACGCUGCCUUUGGUGAAUAUAAAUCUCUGAUUUUCUACACAUUUGCUCAUGACCAUAAUUAGAUUAUAGGGCACUAGAACUUUAUUAACAUUAGCCAACUCAAGGAAAAGAAUGAAAUAAACAUAAAAGUACACAUGAGAGAGUUUAUCCUGCACUCAUCAUUAACUUACUAUAUAAGCCAAAACUUCCAAAGCCUUUAUUAGAAAGACUUGAAGACUCUUGAAUUGUAAAAAAAGAAUUACCUAGCCAAUAAAAAUAGUUUCUUUUAUAACCAUCCAAAUGUUUACAACGAGUAUGAACUUCUGAAUAUGGCUUUCUAUAAUGUUUUCCAAAUAUUUCUAUCAUAAGAUCUCAAAGUAGAGGAUGAAAAUUUGGUUCUGGGUUUUAUAUUCCAUUAUACUAAGAUUCAGUCCAUAAUUAAUAAUGAUGAGAAUAUGAAGUUCAUUUCAAACCUUCUAGUCCAGACCUUAAAAUUUUAUUACAUUUCAACCAAGAAAAUACUUUCAGCUUUGAGAGAUAAUUUCUUAUUGAGAUAGUCCUCUCUUUUUAUCACCAAGACCACUGAGGAAUUUCAAAUGAGAUUUUAGACUUAAAAUCAACUACUGUUAAAUAUCAAUGGAAGUAGCAGUAAAUCGACUCAUGUCAAAGAAUAACCUCGAAAGUAUUACGAUAUGAGCAGAGUUUAAAAUUAGGGAAGAGCAAAGUAGCAAGCAACAGCUGCUCCAGAUUAGAACAAGAUUCAUCCAUUUAUUCAGGACUUAGUGCUUUGGCUUUAAACAUCAAAGCAUUCAAAGAUAGAUGAGUAAACUUUUCUAAAUGAGAUUAGGAAAUAGGUAAUGGAGGAUACGAAGAAGAAUGUAAAUUUGCUAAGAUAAAAUACUUGGACUGUAAACUAUCAAAACUACAACGCUAAUUUCAAUAAUUCACCUAGGUAUGACUAUCAAAGAAGAAAUCAUGCAAGAAGUUACUCAAAUGAUAAUAGAUAACAAGCUUAUAACUAUAACAAUUGUGAUAAUCAGUACAGGAAUCAAAUGGCCAAUAUUGGGAAUCAAAGAGCAAGAACUCCUCCGAAGUUUCUGUAGACAAAGCAAAAUGACUUGAAUUACAAGAAUGGAGGCCAUGAAAAUAAACGACUGAAUAACUCUUAUGAUUAAGGCAGGUACGCUAAUUAGAGAAAUCCUCCUGCUUACAAUGAUUCAACUAAGGCAAAUAAUAAUUAUCUUCAAACAAAUGGCUCUUUUCACUAAGCCGAGAGCAAACUUAGGAAUAAUUUGAUAGCUGAUUAUAGUAUGCUGUUAAACAAUCUUGACCAAUCCUUAUAGUAUAACAAGAAUAACUAAAACUGCUAUUACCAGACUAAAAGCACUGAAAACUACAAUCAAAAUAAUAAUGGGUAUGUACCCUACUAUAGAUAAGAUAGGCGAUAUGAGAAUAAUGCUUCAACCAAAUAUAUCAGAUCAAAAGAUAGUGGCGCAGAUGAUGGAUGCAAGAUAUUCUGA